GUUCUGGUUAUCACUUUUCAUAAUAUUCUUAACAAAACGGAUAAGCAUAAUACAAUCGAAUUUUAUUUUUGUUCCUCAAAUUUUUUAUUAUUUAUUGUUCUUGGCUACAAUAAUAGCUUAAAUGGCACCUCAUACAAAAAAUAAACCAGUUGCCAAGAGAUUUAAGUACUCGCCAAAUAAAAUAAAAUUAGCUUUAUCUGCAAUGAAAGAAGGUAUGAGCUCUUUAAAAGCAAGUCAAAUGUACAGUAUUCCACGGACAACUUUAAGAAACAAAUUUUCUGGUAAAUCUCCUGAGGUGUCACUAGGUCACAGUGGUACAUUGUCAAUUUUGGGUAAUGAGAAUGAACAAUUAUUAGUAGAGUGGGUACUUGCUUCCUCAAAAAUGGGCUUCCCUGUGGAUAGAGAAGGAUUAUUAUCUUCAGUAAAAAAACUUGUUGAUGAAUUGAACUUAAAGACACCAUUUACUAACAAUAGACCUGGGAGAAAAUGGUUUUACAGUUUUAUGCAACGCCACAAAAUUCUGUCCCAAAAACAUGCCGAAUAUGUUAAUCGUGCAAGAGGGUCUGUAACUGAAGAGAAAAUAAGGAACUGGUUCACCGAAGUAUAUGGUUUAUUAGGAGAUGAUGCAAUUAUAUUAAAAGAACCAAAAAGAAUAUUUAAUUUAGAUGAGACAUGUUUUAAUUUAGCCCCUAAAGGUGAGUUAAUUCUUGGGGAACGAGGGAAAAAUGUAUACGAUGAACAUUCUAAUUCUAAUAAAGAGAAUAUUACAACUCUUUUCGCAACAAAUGCUUUGGGAACUUGGGCACCUCCUCUUACAUUAUACAAAUAUGAGAGAAUACCAGCUAUCAUCGCUAGGUCUGCGCCACCAAAUUGGGGAAUAGGUAAAUCAGAGAAUGGAUGGAUGACAUCGGAAACCUUUUUUGAGUAUAUGUCAAAUAUUUUUCUACCAUUUCUUAUUGAAAAUAAUAUUGAAAGACCAGUCAUUGUAUUUUUAGAUGGACAUAAAUCACACCUCAGCUUGUAUCUUAGUAAAUUCUGUCAUGAAAAUAAGAUUAUACUGGUCGCUUUAUAUCCUAACUCUACCCAUAUAAUACAACCUCUUGAUGUGGCAGUAUUUGGUCCACUAAAGAGCAAAUGGAAAAGAAUUGUUAAGCAGUGGCGGAUUGAAAAUGAUAAAGAAAUUUCCAAAUUUGAUAUACCCUUAGCUUUGUCUGGCAUUAUUAACAAUCCAGAAAUGAAAACAAACGUUGAAUCCGGAUUUAGAGCAACUGGUUUGUACCCAUUUGACUCCAAUAAUGUUGAUUAUUCUAAAAUAAUUGUCCGGACAAAUCAAUUGAAACAGAUUGAUUUAAAUGUUGAAAAUCUAAUGUCCCAUUUAGUUUUUAUAGAAAACAAAAUAUUUAAAAUUGAUGUAGAUCUAUUAGGUAAAUUUAAAAGAGCUGAAAGAGGAGGUUAUGCAUGGGAUGGAAACGAGGAAGCUGUAUUAUUAUUCAAAUUGUGGCUAGAAGUUAAAAAUGAUAUAAAGAACUAUGAUCACGUUAGUACUUCUACACCUGUUUCAUCACCACCUAUUGAUUAUCAACUGAGCCCAACAAAUUAUAAUGGACCAACUCAUGAUAGACCAACUACUUCCAAUCAAACAUCAGAACAAACAAAUUUAACAUUAUAUGAGGAUUCACUUUCUAAUGAGAAUGCACUACCAAACAAUGGCAUGAGUCAAAACACGUCAUCAAUCACAUCUGAAUCUCAGCAGUCUGUAAGAUCAGAACCAAGUAGUAUUAUAAUGUCAGCCAAAAGAUCUCUACAAAACGUUUUUGAUGACAUAAUUAAGUGGCCAGUACAAAAAGAAACUACAUCAAAAAGAAAAAAAGAAUAUACACCAAGUGUAAUAACAUCUAAAAAAUGGAUAGAAUAUUAUGAGUUAAAAGAUCAAGAAAAAUUAGAUAAAGAGAUACAAAAAGAAAACAAAAAAAAAGCUGCACAGGAAAAAAAGAAGAAAAUUGAGCAAAAUAAAAUAGAAAAAGUAAAAUUAAAAGAAUUAAAAAAGAUAGAGUUGGCUGAAUCAGAUGAAAGUUCAGAAUUAAAUGAUAGUUGGUGUUCUAGUCAAAGCGAUGCUAGUGAGUCACUUGCCAUUCCAUUGGGACAAUUGGAUUUGGUUUUAAGUAUUACAGACCUUAAACCUGGUGAUUAUAUUCUAGUUAAAUUUGAAUCUAAAAACAAAAAAAAGAUCACCUACAAGUAUGUUGCAACAGUUCAAAAAUUAGUUGAAGAUACAGAUGUUGAGAUACAGUGUUUUGAGGCUGUGGACGAAGAAAAUACUGAAUAUAUUCCAAUAGAAAAUGAUAUAUCUAUGGUUGAGUUAAAAGAUAUUAUAGGAAAACUACCUUACCCUGAACUUAAGAAAAGUGGUAGACAACUUAAGUCAGUAUUUCCUGGAGUUGUUGAUACAUUUGAAAAAUGUUAAAGGUAUUUAAAUAGGUACUGCGUAUGAAAUAUUAUGUUUUUAUUCCUACUGAAUUUGUUAUUUAUUUUUUACUUGU